CCUCUCUCUCUCUCUCUCUCUCUCUCUCUCUCUGCCUUGUCGCUGUUAAUAAUCGUAAUAGUGUUUCCAGACACAGUAGAAGAAGAAGAAGAAGAAAGCUUUCUUCUUUUGUUUGUUUAAUCGCUGAUUCUUUUCUUUCUUUUAUUUUUGUUUUCCAUUGGGGCAUUUUCGGAUCUCAAAGUUCUUCAGAUAUCAGACAAAAAGAUCCUGAUACCUGUGUUGUUAUGUGCUGAUUCAUCAGUAUACUGUUGUGAUCUUGGGAACUAGAAAUGGAGAAACGGAAGAGAGAGUCAUCUGAGAGAAGCUUUGGUGAAUCAGAGUCAGUGUCUUCACUAUCUGAGAAGGAUUCUCAAAUUCAUCCUGAGAGCACAAUGGAGUCUCAUGAUGAUGAGAUACAAUCAUCAACAGUUUCUUUGGAGGAAGAAACUGAAAAUGAGGAUUUGAAAGAUAGCAUAAGGACCUUGACUGAGAAACUUUCAGCUGCUCUUGCUAAUGUAAGUGCUAAAGAUGAUCUGGUGAAGCAACAUGUCAAAGUCGCUGAAGAAGCUGUCGCUGGGUGGGAGAAAGCUGAGAAUGAAGUGGUUGAGUUGAAGGAGAAGCUUGAGACUGCUGAUGAUAAGACUAGAGUGUUGGAAGAUAGAGUAAGCCAUCUUGAUGGAGCUUUAAAGGAGUGUGUUAGACAGUUAAGGCAAGCAAGAGAUGAACAAGAGCACCUAAUUCAAGACGCUGUGAACGAGCGAACCAAGGAGUUGCAGACCUCUAAAACCAGCCUUGAGAACCAGAUUCUUGAAGCUGCAACCAAGUCUGAGGAGCUUAGCCAAAUGGCGGAAUCCGUGGCGAAAGAAAACGUGGUGUUGAGACAUGAGCUUCUUGCACGAUGCCAAGAGCUAGAGAUCAGAACGAUUGAGAGGGAUUUAAGCACCCAGGCAGCUGAAACCGCUAGCAAGCAGCAGUUAGAUAGCAUUAGGAAAGUGGCGAAACUCGAGGCUGAGUGCAGGAAGCUUCGUAUGUUGGCCAAAUCAUCAGCUUCGUUUAACGAUCAUCGAUCUAUAGAUAGUCAUUCCGAUGGAGGGGAGAGAAUGGAUGUAAGCUGCUCAGAUUCAUGGGCAUCAUCCACAUUGAUUGAAAAGAGAAGCCUUCAGGGAACUUCCUCUUCCAUUGAACUUGAUCUCAUGGGUGAUUUUCUUGAGAUGGAACGUCUUGUAGCAUUGCCUGAGACACCAGAUGAGAACGGUAAGAGUGGACCUGAGUCAGUGACAGAAGAGGCUGUUGUUCAUAUAGAGAACUUGUUGGCUGCUGAAAUAGAAGUUUUGACUUCUCGAACUAAGGAACUUGAAGAGAAAUUGGAGAAGAUAGAAGCGGAGAAAAAUGAGCUUGAAAGUGAAGUUAAACAUAACAGAGAAGAGGCUGUUGCUCACUUAGAGAAAUCGUUAGCUGCUGAAAUAGAAGUAUUGACUUGCCGAAUUAAGCAACUUGAAGAAAAGUUAGAGAAGUUGGAAGCAGAGAAAGAUGAGCUCGAAAGUGAAGUUAAAGGUAACAGAGAAGUGGAGAGCACAUUGAGAUUUGAGCUCGAAGCUAUUGCUUGUGAUAAAACGGAGCUUUACGAUAAGUUGGAGAAGAUGGAGGCUGAGAAAGCUGAGUUGCAAAUAUCUUUUGACAUAAUCAAAGAUAAGUAUAAAGAAUCUCAAGUUUGUCUGCAAGAAAUUGAGACGAAGCUGGAGGAGAUACAAACGGAGAUGAAACUGGUUAACGAACUAAAAGCAGAAGUUGAAUCUCAAAUCAUCGCCAUGGAGGCAGAGGUAAUAACUAAAUGCGCAAAGAUCGAAUCAUUGGAAGAAGACAUGAAAAAAGAGAGGUUUGCUUCUGAUGAGCUUAGAAGAAAAUGUGAGGUUCUUGAAGAAGAGGUCGUCUCUCUCCAUCAAGAGAACGCCAUCAAGAGUGAAAAUAUAGAACCCAAGAUCAAACAGGAAGACAUAGAAACAGCUGCAGGGAAACUUGCGAAUUGUCAGAAAACAAUAGCUUCACUGGGGAAGCAGCUGCAAUCUCUUGCAACACUUGAAGAUUUCUUAACCGAUACACCGAGUAUUCCAAUGGCUGCAAACGGUGUGUGCAGCAGCAGCAGCAACUCAGAGAGUUGGAAGGUUCACAAGAACGAAACUUUCCUGACGAGAAAUCAUCCAGAUUCCACCAAACCAACUAACGGAACAUCAACUUCCUCUUCUUCCGCGGCUGCUGUUGUUUCAGUGCCAGUUUCAUCAAACCGAGGGAGUUCUGAGAAGAACCGCAAUGGAUUUGCAACGGUAUUCACCAGAAGUAAAGAUGGGAUACAUCUAGCGAUUUAGCAUAACUUUGGCAGUAGGCAGAGAGACUAUCUUUUUAGGUUUUAAAGGGAUCCGUUUUGAAUGGUUUUAACACCAGUUUGUUCCUCUUUCUAGAUUUUGAAUCCUUAAAGUAGUUUUCAAAGAUCAUCUCUAGUGUACGCAGGGGAUAAUGUUUCUAAUCAAUUUUCUAAAAAGUUGUUCUAGUAAGUUUCUA